CUCUCUUGGGGUCCAGCCUAUGUGUGUGUGAGGUGCAAGUAGAUGAGCAAGGAACUCCUCACCUAUGGAGAUGUGAAGCCCUGAAUACCCUCUGUCCUGGAAUAAAGGUAUUUUUGAGAGGGUAACUUAAAGUUCAUGGAUCUUGGGAACCUCACUAGGAUAUCCGAGUUUGUCUUCUUGGGUCUCUCACAAAUGUGGGAGUUGCAGAGCUUCCUGUUCCUGGUGUUUCUGUUUGUCUAUACCACUACAAUACUGGGCAAUAUCCUCAUUAUGGUCACAGUGACCUUUGAUCCCCGGCUUCAUAAUCCCAUGUAUAUACUACUUCGAAACCUAGCCUUCCUGGACCUGAGUUCUUCCUCAGUUACUGCCCCUAAGAUGUUGGUUGACUUCCUCUCAGAGACCAAGACCAUUUCAUAUAGUGGCUGCAUGGCCCAGAUCUUCUUCUUCCACUGCAUUGGAGGGGCUAACCUGUUCUUCCUCUCAGUGAUGGCAUAUGACCGCUAUGUUGCUAUCUCCCGUCCCCUCCAUUAUGUAUCUAUCAUGAAUACACAAUUGUGUGUGGGACUGAUGGUGGCUGCUUGGGUGGUAGGCUUCUUACAUUCAUCUAUUCAGUUGAUUCUUCUGCUCCCGUUGCCAUUCUGUGGUCCUAACGUCAUCGAUAAUUUCUAUUGUGAUAUUCCCCAGCUUCUAAGACUGGCCUGUACUGACACCUCCCUCCUGGAGCUCCUGAUUAUCACCAACAGUGGGUUGCUGGUCAUCAUCUGGUUCAUCAUCUUGAUGGUUUCCUAUACAGUCAUCCUAGUGAUGCUGGGAUCCCAUUCAGGGGAGGGGAGGAAGAAGGCUGCUUCCACCUGUACCACCCACAUCAUUGUGGUGGCACUGCAUUUUGUGCCCUGUAUCUACACAUAUGCCAGACCCUUCACCACCUUCCCCACAGACAAAGUAAUUUCUAUUAGCUACACAGUCAUGCCCCACAUGUUGAACCCCAUGAUUUAUACUCUACGGAACCAAGAGAUGAAAUCAGCUGUGAGACGGCUGUGGACACGACACUCAUUGACUGGACGAGAUUGACCUCAUGCUUCAUGGGAAAUUUUUUUGAGACAACCCAUUGGACUCAGUAUCCCUCUCAUUCACCUUUAGGCAUUAAAGAGUUGGGGUGCACAUGAAUAAAAGAAGCAGAGGAUGUUGGGUUUCAAUUCAAUGACCAUUUAGUAAAACAUCCUUAAUGGGCAAAGUAUUUUGUUAAGUGCAGGGGAUCAGAAAGAAGAAAAAUAAAACAGUUCCUGUCCCCAAGAAAUAUACCAUCUUCUGGGG